AUGUAUUGCAUUGUGGUGUACAAUGUAUUGUGUGAUGCACGAGCAUGUACAUCGUUUGACGUUUGUACGUUGUUACACAUUACAUUUAGGUGGUUUAGAAAGUUGCUCCGCUCAAUUGAGUUGCUCUUCCUCUUGACAGUGGUUUAUGUCUACAACUGCCUUUGCUUUGUUCAUGAGCUAAAAUUACACCAACGUAUGUUGUUAAGACAAAAAGGCAAAGAAGACAAAAAGAUAGGUAAAUAUAUCUGUAAUUAUACUGGUAGAGUAUUGAGUCUACCUCUUAAUCUUUUGAGACUAUUUAUCGACAAAUACCUUUUAUUACCACCAUUCGGUCAAAAUGUUUACAGUAAGUGUUGUAGUCAGGCACCCGGAGAAAGGGUGAUGUAUUGUUGCAAAGACAGACAUACCAGUACAUUGAUGGAAAGUUUAAUAUUACACUUCAACAAAGACACUAGAAAUCCAAAAUGCCCUCGAUUAAAAGUUGAAUAA